AUGAUGAAACGCUUAAGGGACAUGUAUCCCAAUGCCUAUGGCGUGUGCGUGUUUGAUGCCAAAGGCCCAACCUUUAGACAUGAUGCCUAUCCAGACUACAAAGCCAAUCGACCACCCAUGCCAGAAGAGUUGGUUGCCCAGAUUGAACCGAUUCAUCAGGCGAUGAGUUUUUUUGGCUGGCCAAUUGUCAUGAUGGAAGGUGUUGAAGCCGAUGACGUGAUUGGUACACUGGCGACACAGGCCAGUCUAAAAAACUGGUCAACCAUUAUUGCAACGGGCGAUAAAGAUAUGGCGCAGCUGGUCAACGAACGAGUGACUUUGAUCAACACCAUGAGCAAUGAGUCUUUGACCGUGCAAGGUGUUUUGGAUAAAUUUGGUGUGCGCCCAGAUCAAAUUAUUGAUUAUUUGGCUCUUAUGGGAGAUGCCGUGGACAAUGUUCCUGGUGUUGAUAAGGUGGGACCCAAAACAGCGGUCAAGUGGUUAACACAAUAUCAGACCUUAGAGGGGGUGAUAGCCCAUGCAGAGGAGAUCAAAGGUGUUGUGGGAGAUAAUCUGCGUAAAAGUCUAGAUUGGCUACCCAAAGGGCGCGAACUCUUAACGAUUAAGUGCGAUGUUGAUUUAAGUGAGGUGGUUGGGGAUUGCAAAGAGCAGCUUGGCAGCAAAAUGAUUAUGCAAGUCCAUGACGAACUCGUGUUUGAAGUGCCCGAUCAUGAAGUUGAAGUGUUAAAGGCUAAGAUUCCACAAAUCAUGAGUGAGGUUUUACCACUAAAAGUUCCUGUCCUUGUUGAGGUCGGGGUGGGGGAUAACUGGGAGCAGGCUCACUAG